GAUCAAUUAAUUAAUUGAUGCUCCAACGGCGUCAGGAACAGGCGGAUAUUUCUGCUCUAACUUACUCCUUACUUAACUACCCAUCAUUUCUUUGAUCAGUAUUGCAGCCCCGAGCUGUUGGGCCCUGCUCGCCGCCGCGCCCUGUAUUCUUGCGAAGUUUAGGGGAGCAUCUGUGGCGUGCUAUUGGUCCCCGUAACUACUAGCCUAGCUUGCGGAAGUCCCCUCAACCACCGCCUAAUCUCGACACCGCGGGUGAACAUUUGACGACCCUUAUAGCGCUUGCUGAAGUAUAUCCUGCCGAUCUACACUGAUCAGCUACUACUCUAAACAACCGGGCAAUUCCAAAUGCAACCAUCUACCACCUGUGCUUCUCAAGGGCGAUCCGGGGACCUGGUAAGCUACUGCUCCUCCUCCUAGGAAGCGCGGUAGAUGGAGACCCAUGGCGUCAAAGUAUGAUCUGGCUUCCUCUGCGACGCCAACCCAGCAUCGCGUGCUGAACGAUGGCUCCUCACUCUCAAGCCAGGAGGAUGCCUCCACCUCCACCUCCACCGAUGGAAGCUGGCACGAUGUCGCUUCCAAAUCCUCGAGAAAUGGCACCGGCAAGAAACCUGCCUCCACCUCCAGCAGCAGCAGUAUCAACAACCAUAUAAAUUUCGGGCCGCGGGGUGCCUCCCUGGCUCCCUCUGGCCAUCCGCCAGGUAGUUUCAGCUCAGAUUUAAGAAGCAUCGGCACGAUACGCCGUCCUACAACGCCGUCGACAUCUACGUCUACGUCCCGCCCAGAACUUCCAUUCUCUUCCCGCAUAAAUCUUCUUGAUGGAGUCGACCUUCCGUCUCGUGCGGAGCAGCGCCAGGCUGUGCUGCGCGGCAAGAUCGCCAAGGAGUUGAAGAUUAAGAGCGGGACGGAAAAUAUGCUGGAGGCCCUGUUGGCGAAAAAUCUUAAGCAGACCAAGGAGCAACGGUUGAGGGUGGAGUCGGAACUUAGUUCGUCCAAUAUGAAACUCGCCCAGCUGCGACAUGAACUUGAGGAGGAGAUUUUACGGGCCCAGGCGCAAAAUUCGCCCACUUCGGGCCGUUUAUCAGUGCUGUUCCGUGGGAGUCCCCUGCGAUCACCUUCUCGGGCGUCACAGGGCCCGGACGAAGGAAUGGGGAACGGCGAUGCGGAGACUGAGUCGCCAACUUAUGUCCUGGCGGAGACUUUGCAGGAACUGGAGACCAAAGAUAUGCCGUCGGAUUACUAUGUGGAACGAGCGAAUAACCUUGUGGAGCUGUUCAAGCGGCAUCCAACGUUAAAAUAUGACCUGGCUUGGCAUGUCUUUGGCUUGCGGGUUCAGGCAAUGCUGCUCAGUGAUAGCAGAGACGUUGUCGCUGCUGGAUACCGAUUGACACGAUAUGCAAUUGCCGAUCGACGGUCUAUCCAAAUCAUCAGGUCGUUACACACGGAUGAAUUGGUCAUGAUGUCGCUCGCGAAGGAAACUAAAGCUACCAUGGAACGCGAGCAGGCGCUGAAGUUUGUCAGGGCCUUUCUUGAUGUUAAAGAUGGAGUUCGAGAGAUGUCACGCGGGGUAGUCAGGACACUUGUCUCCAUUGCCGAACAUCGCGACGAUCGCCUGAGAAACAUUUGCAUCAUGACUCUCGCGGAGAUCCUGGUCAAAGACCCAGGCGUUCUCUUCUCUGCCGGCGGGAUUGGUAUCUUGAACGAUGCUCUUGGAGACGGGGCUUUUGGCGCUUCGGAGAGCCUGGCCGCAGGGUUUAUACACAUUCUAGACACCCCUCGCAACAGGAAAUAUCUCCGGGCCGGCAUUGAACUAGAAGGAGUUUUCGCCGCUUUCACAGAUCCGCUCGGGGAUAGCAAUCGCCAUGCAAGGCUAAAAUCUUCAGCUAAAGCCAUUUCCUCCAUGCUCAAAACCUGGCCUGGCCUAUUAACGCUGUUACAUAACAGAGCAAAACCGCUUAAAUCGUUGCUGGAUUCCCUGCAAUAUCCUGAGCCCCUGGCAAGGGAUUUGAUCCUAGAACUUCUUUUUGAUGCUCUCCGUAUCAAGCCUCCGUCAUGGUCAUCCUCAUUUCUUGCCGGUAGGAGGCUUACGACCUACGGCAGGGUGACUAAUCUGAGAUCGGAACCUGAUACUAAACAAUUACGCGCAUUCUAUGAACAUGAAAAUAACAAUUUUGACCUCACGACUCAUUUUUCUGCCCUGAUCCUCGCUGUGUUGAUAGAAGCAGGACUGAUUACGGCUCUAUCGAACUUAAUAGAAGACGAACCCGACCUAUCCCUGAAGAGGAAAGCCACACUACUUCUCACAGAGGUGCUGAAGCUGGCUCAUCAUUCUCUGCCGCAAUCCAUCAGUGCCAAGCUUCAGGUCCUCCCGCAAUUACUUCCGUCCUCUAAGGAUGCUGAGAAUCAGCAUAUAUCGACAUCGACUGUCUACCAAAUGGAGAGCAUUAACCGGACCUUGACCCGGUCAGACGGGAUGCACUCGUCACCGGGCAAGUAUACAGUGCAAGCGGACAUAUCCGCUUCGUUGCUGACCGCCGAACAGGGGAAAACCAAACUAAGCCCCAGUAUGGACGAGGGCCACUUUCGCACGGCCAUUCUAGAUACCCACGUCCUAAGUUCUGUGAACUUCAUGAAAUGGAAAUGGGACUUGAUCUACAACAUUAUUGAGGGUCCGUUGACGAACCCCAAACGCCUGGAUGAGGCGAUUCGGGGCUCCAAAUUCAUGAAGCGUUUGAUGGGGUUUUAUCGGCCGUUUAAGUCUAGGUUUUCUAUGAUUAGGAAUACGAAGCCGAACCAGCGAUAUGUCCGGACGGGCUGUGCACUCAUGCGGACCCUCCUGCAGACUCCCGAGGGAACGAAAUACCUAGCGGAGAAUAAACUACUGCGGCAGAUUGCUGAAUGUCUUGCCCAAGUCGACCGUAUGAGUGGCCUCACGUCGUCAUCACCCUUAUUCUCCCGGAACAAUAUGAGCGAAACGUUAAGUGGGGGCUAUUUUGCGUUACUUGGUGUAUUAAGUAGUGAGCCAAGCGGGCUUCACAUGAUGGAGAGAUGGCAUAUGCAUAACAUGUUUUACCAUAUAAUAGAACUCAAGGAUCGAAAUGAUCUCAUCCAAGCGUUGCUGGGGAACAUGGAUUUCUCCCUCGAGAGCCAUCUGCGGAUUAUUCUUUCCAAGGCCCUAACCACAGGCUCGAAGGAUAUUCGCAUAUUCGCAACGAAGCUACUGCGGAAGUACGUCGUGGGUAGUACGAUGGCUGGGAUGGACAGUGGGGAGUGGGUUGUCAAACUGCUGGUCACACAGCUAUACGACCCGGACGUGGCCGUUUGCCAAGUUGCCGUGAAAAUCCUCGAGGAGGCCUGCAACCAACGCAACUGUCUCGAGUACGUGGUCAAAUGCCGCCCAUCGCUAGACCACCUAGGCGAAAUCGGCGCCCCGCUGCUCCUCCGCUUCCUCUCAACCUCCGUCGGAUACCACUACCUCGACGGCCUAGAUUACAUCACGCAGGAAAUGGACGACUGGUUCCUCGGCCGCAACGACGCCUACGUCGGCCUCGUCGAAGCAUCCCUGACGCGCGCCUACGUCGACCAACCGCGCCGCAACAGCUUUGCCUUCGACGACAUCGUCGAGAUGCAAGACAUCGGCCUCGUCCCGCCGCACUUCUACCGCGAGCUGGCGCGCACGCACGAAGGGUGCAAGCUGCUGGAGCAGUCGGGCCAUUUCAACGAGUUUGCGCAUACGAUUCGGGAUUUUCGGCUAGACGAGGAGGAUCCGGAGGUGCAGUUGAAAGUAAAAGGGUGUCUGUGGGCGGUGGGGAAUGUGGGGUCCAUGGACCUGAGUGCACCGUUUCUGGAGGAGACGGAGAUCGUGGAGGCCAUUGUGAAGAUUGCAGAGAAUGCGGGGGUGAUGACGAUGCGGGGGACGGCAUUUUUUGUCCUGGGGCUUAUUUCGAGGAGUCUACAUGGGAUGGAGAUGCUUACGGAAGCUGGGUGGGAUGCGGCUGUGGAUCAGAAGGGGCGGUCGCUCGGCUUGUGUAUUCCCGUUGAUUUGUGGAAGCUUUAUUCGAUUUCAUUCCCUGCUUAUGAACCCAACGAUGACGAAGAACGUGCCGAGAAGGAAAGAUUCAAAACUGCCGCUACAGACUCUGAUCCCGUCCGCCAGAAGAUACUGAAUCUGAUCAUCGACAUGGGCAAUACAGUCUUGUCGAAGAGGGCGGCGUCGGAUCUUCACAGCCUCAAAACCAAAAAACCCGAAUACUUCCUCCGAAUCCCUCUCUUCCAAAAAACCCUCAUCCUCCUCGAAAGCCAUCACUUCCGCCUGCCCGCACGCCGCUUUGCCCUUGACCUUUUUGACAAGAGUGUCCUGCGGCGUGUCGUACGCGGGGACGGUGACGCUGACGGCACUAAUGUCGAUGUCGACGUCGACGGCGAUGGCGAUGCUGAUGUUGAUCGCGUCGAUGUUACUGAUUCGGAUAUACACGUUGAUACCGCUACGGCGAUGAUGGGGAACUGAAACUUAGCUGGUUCACACCUAACAAACACACUCUGUGUAUUUGCCGUAUUGGGUGGGGUAGUCCGCUAUUGUUGUUCCUCACAUCUCCUCCCCCACACCACCUUAUCUACCUCCACCUACUGGCUAGGUUUACGAUUUCAUCACCUCUUUCCCUCUUUCUAUCACAAUCCCUCUCUCGAUCUUUGUAACAUCUCUCUCUCCGGCUUGGUGGUAAUUUGCAUCUUUGUAUUUCUGUUUUCCUUUUCGACUGAUUUUUCUUCUUAGCGAACAAACCGGGCGUGGGAGUUUCAUUUCUAUUUUUUCAUUGCUUUCUUCUCAACAGGCUUUGUUGUUCAUUUCCCUUUUAUUUACAAACCCGCCCCUUUUUAUUGGGACCCCCGCGUUUUUAACCCCCCUAGCCUGUCUAGCGAGCGGAGCGGAUAGCAGCGUUAUAGGUUAUGGGAUGUAUGUACGGACCUGGCAGUUCGGUUCGGUUGGGUGCGUGAUCAAAUGGAUGUUUGGUUGGUCUGAUUUGGUUUUCUCUUUUUCUCCUUUUUCUCCUUUUUC